AUGCCCAUCUUCACCCCCGAAUACCUGGAAAAGGCCGCCUACCACAUCUACGUGGCCAAGGGCACGCCGCCCGAUGAGGCCGAAAUCGUGUCCGCGCACCAGGUGAAGGCCAACCUGACCGGGCACGACUCCCACGGCGUCAUUCACAUUCCGGAAUACUGCGAGCGCAUCGACCGCGGGCACAUCGUGCCCGGCGCGCCGUUCGAGGUGAUCAGCGAAACGCCGACCACCGCCGUAGUCGACGGGCACUGGGGUUUCGGAUUCGUGGUGACCGAAAAGGCAACGCGCAUGGCUUUGGCGAAGGCCAAGGAGAACGGUGUCGCCGCCUUCACCAUCCGCCGGCAGAGCCACAUCGGACGCCUGGGAGACUAUCCCACCAUAUGCGCCCAAGAGGGAAUGAUUGCCCUGCUCACCGCCGACUCCGGCGCCGGUCCCAAAGCCGUGGCCCCCUUCGGCGGACGGGCGCGCCGCCUGGGUACCAACCCCAUCUGCAUCGGCGUACCGAGCAACUUGCCCGGCCAGGUGUUGCUGGACAUGGCGACCUCCGCCGUCGCUGCCGGCAAGAUCAGUUUGGCGCGCAACCGCGGCGAACAGGUGCCCACGGGCUGGAUCGUGGACAAGGACGGCAACCCGACCAACGACCCCAACGACUACUCCGCCGGCGGCGCGAUCCUGCCCGUGGGCGCGGACCAGGGUCAUAAGGGAUUCGGAUUGUCAUUCAUGGUGGAGAUGUUCUCUGGCCUGUUGACCGGUUUGGGAUUCGGCAUCGACCCGCAGGCCCGCCACAACGACGGCUGCUUCCUGGCCGUGUUCGACGUUUCGAAGUUCCGGCCCCUGGAAGACUUCAAGCAGGAGAUGACCGAGUUCGCCGAGUUCGUGAAGACCUCUCCUCCGGCUCCCGGUUUCAGCGAAGUCUAUUACCCCGGCGAGAUCGAGUACCGCACCGAGCUGCAGCGGCGCGAGAAUGGCAUCUUCAUUGAGGACGAGACCUGGCGACAAAUCUCCGAGCUGAUGGAAGAAGUGGGUGUCACCGAGGCCGUGGGACAGCCGUAG